UGGAGGAUGCAUAUAAAACAUUAAGAAAUGUGAGAAAAUACAGAUUUUAUGAAGAAGACAAAAAUGAAGUCACACAAACUCUAGAACAGAAAAUGCUAUUAGAGUUUAAAAAAUUAGAAAAUGCUGUUUUGAAUUUUAAUAACAGGCUAAAUUUAGAGGUUACUCAAAUACAAGAUACCUACCAAAGA